GGUGGUCCAAAAGCCGAAGAUUUACCGGAACUCAGACAUCCGGGAGUCGAGAUGAGGACCACGCCAACCGGCGCUAAAUACAAGAAGAUCGACUAUGAAAUUGUCGAUUCAUCGCAAAUGCCGAAAGAAACGGUUGACCAAGAAUAUACAACGAAAUGGACGUUCGAUGAGGUUUGCUGA